AUGGGAACGUUAGGCCGAGCUUUCUACGCCGUCGGAUUCUGGAUCCGCGAGACCGGCCAAGCCAUCGACCGUCUCGGCUCUCGUCUCCAAGGAAACUAUUACUUCCAAGAACAACUUUCCAGGCAUCGACCUUUGAUGAAUGUAUUUGAUAAAGCUCCUUACGUUCAUAAGGAUGCGUUUAUUGCUCCCAGUGCUUCCAUUACCGGUGAUGUUCAGAUUGGCCAAUCUUCUUCCAUUUGGUAUGGAUGUGUUCUCAGAGGUGAUGUUAACAGCAUUUCUAUUGGAUCUUCAACUAAUAUACAAGACAAUUCUCUUGUUCAUGUUGCUAAGUCUAAUUUGAGUGGAAAGGUAUUACCUACUAUCAUUGGAGAUAAUGUUACUGUAGGUCACAGUGCUGUGUUACAAGGAUGCACUGUUGAGGAUGAGGCAUUCAUCGGUAUGGGUGCAAUCUUGCUUGAUGGCGUGUAUGUUGAGAAACAUGCCAUGGUUGCUGCUGGAGCUCUUGUCAAGCAGCAUACUAGGAUCCCAUGUGGAGAGGUUUGGGGAGGUAAUCCAGCAAGGUUCUUGAGGAAGCUUACAGAAGAUGAAAUGACAUUUUUCUCACAAUCUGCCUUAAAUUAUUCCAAUUUGGCUCAUGCUCAUGCUGCUGAAAAUGCAAAGCCACUGGACGAGACUGAAUUUGUGAAAGUUCUUGGCAAGAAGGUUGCUCGUUCUGAAGAUGGUUCAAUACUCGAUGCUGUUCAAGACAUACCUCCAGAGAUUAACCUCCCUGAUAAUGCUGUGGUAGAUAAAGUUCCAAAGGCUUAA